AUGGACGAUACGAGCAAACCGGAUCCAAUUCUACAGCAAGUUCCCCUUGUCAAGAACCCAGCAUAUCAACCACCCAAGCCCAUUACUUUGAAUACAAACUAUAAUAAAUUAAUUCCCAACCUCCCAAAUUCCGUCAUUCCUCCUAAAUUCUCCCUAGAUAAACAAGAAUUGCUUAAAUGGAAGAAAGAAAUAGAGUUAAUGAAAAACAAUGCUGGUCUAGGUGAUUUAGAGGACGUUCAUUCAUUUGAAAAAUGGGUAGAAUCGAAGCAGAGGUUGGUUGCACCAGGCUUCAAUUCAUUUGAGGGUGUCAUGACUCCUAAAAAGGUCGAAAUCAAUAAGAGCGAUAACAAAUCUAAUUCAACAGACAACAGUAUAAAUGAGUUAGAUCAAGUUUUUGGGAAAGCCACAAUAUAA